UAUUGUUGGAAAUGCAACCCUGUAAACAUAAAAGGCUGAUCUGAUGAAAACUGCCAAAACUUGGUGCUGUGAAGACAAUUCAAGUCAAAAGGGUAUAAGAAAUGAAGCAGAGCAAAGUUAAGCGGUGCAUACGGAUAAAAAGAAGCACGACGGCAAAUGUUUGAAAAGAAAAUGCCCUUCUCCAGCCUUUUAAAAGACCCAACCGACCAAUCUUCUUGAGAUCAAUAAGUAAAAGAAGAUGGCCGAUGCACAAUGUGAUAGCAGUGGAAUCUCAAAGUCAGCGGAGAGAACGUCUGUGUUUGGCGAAGAAAACACCAGAUCUUCACAUGAAGGUGAUCAGCAGAUGUUAGUGGUCAAGGAAGAGGUUCCUGAUCUGUGGAGCUCUAGUUUGGACCAGCAGAAUCCAACGCUGUUCUGGGUGAAGAAUGAAGACUGGAACAAGUUGACUGAUCCAGAUAGAGAGCUGCUUAUUGCGAAGAAAGAGCCCGACACCACAGAUUUUCCAUUCACUGCUGUUACGGUGAAGAUUGAAGACAACGAUGAGAAUCUUCUCUCAUCAGAGCGUCGACACAUCAAAUUGGAAGACAACAGGAAGGCAGAAUCUCCAACCAGCUGCUCACAUGAACAGAUGGGAACAGAAAGUGGCAGAGAGGAGCGCAGAGGACCAGAAGCAGACAGAAAUACUGAGUGUUUAAAUCCAAACACUGAUGAAAAUGCUUCCGCCUCUUCAGAGACUGAAGUCAGUGAUGAGUAUGAUGAUGAUGGAUGUGAUGACAAUCUGUCAGGUUCUGGAUCUGAACAGGAAGACAGUGACGAAGACUGGGAGGAGACCAGGACACAUCAGGCAGGAGGAAAGUCCUCCAGCCGCUUGGAUGACGCAAACCGUUCUAAAACGGAGCAAAAUUCAGAUUCACACAAAGUCCUCAAUGAGAGUAAAGUAUUUGUGUGUGACGAUUGUGGUAAACCAUUUUACUAUCUGUAUCACCUCAAGCGUCACAUGGCCCACCACAAAGGAGAGAAACCAUUUCAGUGUGACGAAUGCGGUAAAAAGUUCACUUUGAGGGGAAAUCUGAACCAACACAUGACGAUUCAUAGAGGAGAAAAACCUUUUGCCUGCAACUUCUGCGACAGACGCUUCAGACUGAGCAGCCUUCUGCAGUCACACGUAGUGACACAUUUAGGGGUGAAAGCCUUUACCUGCCAGCAUUGUGGAGAAAGAUUCUCUCGAGAGGGAGCUUUGAAGAGACAUGUUGUACGGCACACCGGCGUGAAACCAUUUGCUUGUACUAUAUGCGAUAAACGAUUCUACAGAAAGCCCGAUUUAAAGUGUCACAUGCCGGUUCACUCGAGAGAACAAAGAGUCAACGCUGCACCGAGGAACUUUGCUUGUGACGAAUGUGGAAAAAGAUUUAUCCACAAGUGUCAUGUGACCAGACACAUGAUCACCCACACUAGGGAAAAAAACUUCAGCUGUGACAUUUGCAGUUUGAUGUUUAAGUGGCAGAGUGCUUUAAAGAGACAUGAAAAGAGAUUUCACAACCAAUAGAAGCUGUUCAGAUGUCUUGGCUAGUUAAUUAAUGUUUAUUAGGACGAGCUUAACUGUGGGGGUCUUUUUGCUGAGUGAUGAUAUUAUUGCUGAAUUAGCUCCAGUGUAUGCCGUUAGGUCCCGCACAAGCCUGGUAAUACACCAUACAUUUCACUCAUUUAAUAUUUUUCCACGUCUAAGUAAGACAUGGUCUAUCGUUUCUACAUCUCUUUCACAGAAUGAGUAUUUAUUUAUUAAAUGAGAGAAACUAUUUGCUUGCGGCAGUUGUGACAAAUGUUUCAGGCUUCAUUGUGAUCUCCUCAAACACAUGGUCAUCCACACAGGGUGGAAACCAUUUGGUUGCAGUUAUUGUGGAGCUUCAUUCACUCAGCAGGGAGUUAUGAAUAGACACAUUAGACAAAACGCAUAAGAAACCGUUUUUCUGUGACUGGUGUGAUAAGAGGUUUUCUGAAAACUCAGGUCUGAAGCGUUGUAUGUCAACUCAUUUCAGAGAACAAAGGGUAGCCUCUGGAAUAAGAAGGCAUCCCUGUAAUGAACAUGGUAAAAUAUAUACUGGAAAGGCGCAUCUUACAGCUCACAGGAGUACCCACUCAGGAGAAAAACAUUUCAGCUGCAGUGUUUGUAGUGCGAGUUUUCCAUGCUACAAUAGCCCGAAGAAACAUACAGUCAGAGUCAACAGUCAAUAGAAACGGCUCAUUUCAGUAUUUGUUCAAAAAUGUUUUACAAUGCACAUCUGGACUGGUGUUUGUUCUACUGUAUUGUCAUGUUUUCUGUCAUUUGUACAUGUAUUCAGUUUGAGUGAUGGAUUUGAGUUUUCAAACUUUUUGACAUAAAGCAAUUUCAUAUUAAAAUUUUAGUUUGAAACUUUA